AUGUCUUCUCUGGUUUUAUAUCGCAUGAAUGGGGCCGUUCUUAUGGGGAGAUGUGGUAGGAGAAUUAACACCAGAGUGCCCAUUGACUUUUCUGAAGUUACCGUUAAUGUUGAUGGCGAAGGUAGAGUACCACCAUUUGGAAACUAUAACGAGAAGAGCUUUGAAACAAUACCCGUUACAAGCGGGAACUUCACAGUUGGGGACGCUACCUACGCAAUUCAUCCUAAUCCUCUUUUGUCGGGAGGCCCUUCAUGCAAGACAGAUGUUGACUCUGUUAACAACCGCAUUUCUGUUUACUGCAGAAGGUUAUACUGGGAUUACACAGACAUCAUCAGCGACAUGAAGACAGCAGACACUGACUGUUUUGGCCCUUUCCCCCCACUACUGGGGGAGUUCGAGAAGGACUAUUACACAAUGGAGGAGAAACAAGACUAUGAGAGGAAGAGCGUCCUGAUCCCCAAAAUAGGUCGUCGUUGCAAGAAAGACGAAGAGAAGAAACCACCCCCAAACCUUGACGGUGCAGGGUGGCCUCACCAGAGGUACUUGUUUCAGCAAAUCUCAGACGUUAUGGAGUGUGGCAAGAACCACACCUGUUCUGCUUGCAGUGAUAACUCGAAGAACAUCGCCUAUGGAUUCACAACGUUGUCGGGUCUCAGCUUCUCUUCUAGAAUUGGUGGAAAGGAUUCGGGAUUAACUGUCACUAGAGACAUAACCCAUGGUUUCUCGGUGACGAGAUCCUGGACAGUAGGGAAUUCAUAUAGCUGCCCAGGCAACCCAGGUGAUCAAGUCUGCGUUUGGUACAGGGUUGCCCACACUGCAUGGACCGUUCGAGAGCGUGAUCCGCUCCCUCUCAGGACCGGUUAUACGAAGCAAACUAUUAAUGCCGCCCCUAAUCGACGGAAUGAGGGUGGUGGGGUUGUCUGCAGAUACAACAAUGAAUGCAGAUCAAAGGGCGACAAAUACUGGGACUGCUACGGUAGGAAAGAUGCACAAUUUAGGUACUGUCCACCUCCUGGAUACCCACCAAAAUUGCAUCUAGAUCCAGGUCCUCUACCGCAAGACCGGGAAUUUGUGGCUAGGGCGAUAGCCAGAUUGGAGAAAAAGCAAAGGAUAAUAGGCGAAAGAGGAGAAAAUGCAUGGGCAUAUUAUGAACGUAAGGAAAGGGAGCUUGAAAAGAGGUUGAAGAUGGAGUAUGCUGAAAAGUGGAGACAUGCAAUACAACAAGAGAAAGAAGAAAUGGAAAUAAUCUUGAAGGAAGAAAAGGAGGCAGAGAAAGAAAGGAAGAAGCAAGAGCAAAUAGACAAUGACAGGAAAAAAUACGGGAAGAAAAGCCAGAAGGAAAAAGAGAUACAAGAACAGAUGGAUAAAAUGGAAAAUGUUGAGGAAGUAUUAUAUGGUGGGAUUGACUUUUAA